AUGGAUGCUUUGCUAAACAUGCAAAAGGAGACUCACAGUGAUGUUAAAGAGAUAAAGAAGGCAAACGAGAUUCGAGACAAAGCACACGAGGCAUUGGCGAAACAAGUGGGUCAACUAGCGGAAGAAGUGGCCCAAAUAAAGGGAAGCAUGGGGAAACUUCCAAGUGACACUACAGUGAACCCGAAGCAUCAAGGUUCUAGCACAAGCAACGUGAGGAAUGCACGCAUUAGCGCGGUAAGUAUUCUUUUAAAUGAUGAACUUUGUAGUGUUGAAAGCAUUCCACCACCACAAUUCGUUGAUGGUGUAGUGGAAGAUAUAAGUGAUGAGCCAGAAAAUGAAAAUAAACAAGAAACGAUCUCACAAAAACGGUGCCCACCAAAGGACGAGGGGUGGGAAAAUUUUAAGCAAGCUAAAAUUAAUUUACCGUUACUAGAUGACAUUAAAAAGGUUCCGACUCAUGUGGAAUGCUUAAAGGAGUUAAGCAUCGAAAAACGGCACAACAAAUUACCCAAACUCGUUGAUUUGAUAUCUCAUGUGAGUGCCGUUUUAUCGAGUGCCCUUCCCCCAAAAGCUCAAGAUCCGGGAGAUCCUCUUAUUCCAAUUCAAAUUGGAACAUUUAAAAUUGAGAGGGCGCUCCUAGAUCUUGGAGCUUGUGUGAGCAUCUUGCCCGGGAGUUUGUAUGACCAAUAUGAUUUUGGUCCAUUAAAAAAUUUUGAUACUCCCGUGGUAUUGGCUGAUCAGACUCCCACGUAUCCAAGGGGGAUGGUGGAGGAUGUGAUUGUUAAGGUGGAUGAUUGCUACUACCCAGUUGACUUUUUGGUAGUAGACUAUGUUGCGUGUGUUGGGGACACCCAACCGAUAGUCAUACUGGGUAGGCCGUUCCUUGCAACUGCUAAUGCCAUAAUAAAUUGUGCAACGGGAACGGUAAGGAUGAAGUUUGGGGACCGGGAAUUAAAUUUAAAUGUUUUUCCAAAAUUUACUAACCCACUCGGUGAGGAUAAGUGUCCUAAAAAGGACAUGAAUCCAAACAAAAAGGUUUGUGCUAUGGUUGGUAGGUUUGGAGAAACAAAGAAGAAGACAGUCAAGAAGAAGAAGAAAGCAAGGAAGUCACCUCUAGAAAAGAAAAAGGAAGAGGAGGUGAGGAAGUUUGGACCGUUUGGCAACAAAUGGUACGAAUCACCGGUGGGUGAUUUUGAGGAGCUCGUGGACGUCAAGCAUGCCAUUCGACCACCAUGA